ACUGGGCCCAUUUCUCCCUCACCAAUGGAGGGAGAAGGGCCUGGAGCCACGGUGGGGGACAAACACCAUGAUGCUGCUCAUGAAAUCAUUGAGACAAUUCGGUGGGUCUGUGAAGAAAUCCCAGAUCUCAAGCUUGCUAUGGAAAACUACGUUCUAAUUGACUAUGACACAAAAAGCUUUGAAAGCAUGCAGCGGCUGUGUGACAAGUACAACCGCGCCAUCGACAGCAUCCAUCAGCUGUGGAAGGGAACCACCCAACCGAUGAAGCUGAACACACGUCCCUCCAACGGGCUCCUCCGGCACAUCCUGCAGCAGGUUUACAACCACUCGGUGACCGACCCCGAGAAACUCAACAACUACGAGCCCUUCUCCCCAGAGGUGUAUGGAGAAACCUCCUUCGACCUGGUGGCCCAGAUGAUAGAUGAGAUUAAAAUGACAGAAGACGAUCUCUUUGUCGACUUGGGCAGCGGUGUGGGUCAGGUGGUGCUUCAAGUGGCUGCAGCCACAAACUGCAAACAUCACUAUGGUGUGGAGAAAGCUGACAUUCCAGCCAAAUACGCUGAGACGAUGGACAGAGAGUUCAGAAAGUGGAUGAAAUGGUAUGGGAAAAAACAUGCAGAAUACACACUGGAAAGAGGUGACUUCCUCUCAGAAGAAUGGAGAGAGAGAAUUGCAAACACAAGUGUUAUUUUUGUGAAUAAUUUUGCCUUUGGUCCUGAGGUGGAUCACCAACUGAAGGAGCGAUUUGCCAACAUGAAGGAAGGUGGGAGAAUUGUGUCCUCAAAACCUUUUGCACCUCUGAAUUUCAGAAUUAACAGUCGAAACUUGAGUGAUAUUGGCACUAUAAUGAGAGUCGUGGAGCUGUCACCACUGAAAGGCUCUGUGUCGUGGACUGGGAAGCCAGUCUCUUACUACCUGCAUACUAUUGACCGAACCAUACUUGAAAACUAUUUUUCUAGUCUCAAAAAUCCAAAACUCAGGGAGGAACAAGAGGCAGCUAGACGUCGUCAACAGCGAGAAAACAAGAGCAACACAACUACUCCAACAAAGGUUCAAGAAAACAAGGAUUCUGGUGCUGAAGAAGAAAAAGCUGGGGCAAAUGCUGUUAAAAAGCCAUCUCCCUCUAAAGCACGGAAGAAAAAACUGAGCAAAAAAGGAAGGAAAAUGGCAGGCAGGAAGCGAGGGCGUCCCAAGAAAAUGAACACUGCAAAUACGGAGCGCAAGACCAAGAAGAACCAAACUGCACUAGAACUUCUGCAUGCUCAAACUGUGUCACAGACAUCUUCAUCCUCUCCUCAGGAUGCAUACAAGUCACCUCAUAGUCCAUAUUACCAACUACCUCCUAAAGUGCAACGGCAUUCAUCCAACCAGCUGCUGGUGACACCCACCCCACCUGCACUACAGAAGCUGCUAGACUCUUUUAAGAUCCAGUACAUGCAGUUCAUGGCAUACAUGAAAACUCCUCAAUAUAAAGCAAGUCUGCAACAGUUGCUGGAGCAGGAGAAGGAGAAGAAUGCACAGCUACUGGGGACGGCACAGCAGUUGUUCACCCACUGCCAGGCACAGAAAGAGGAAAUCAAACGUCUUUUUCAGCAGAAGCUCGAUGAGUUGGGAGUGAAGGCUCUGACAUACAACGACCUGAUUCAGGCUCAGAAGGAAAUCUCUGCUCACAAUCAGCAGCUGAAAGAACAGACCAAACAGCUGGAGAAGGAUAACAGUGAACUCAGGAACCAGAGCCUGCAGCUGUUGAAGGCACGCUGCGAAGAGCUGAAGCUAGAUUGGUCCACGCUGUCACUGGAGAACUUGCUGAAGGAGAAGCAGGCGCUGAAGAAUCAGAUUUCUGAGAAACAAAAGCACUGUUUGGAACUGCAGAUCAGCAUUGUGGAACUUGAGAAAAGCCAAAGGCAGCAGGAGCUGAUGCAGCUGAAAUCGUACACGCCGUCGGAUGAGUCACUGUCAGUGCAGCUACGGAAUAAAACCCAUCUGAGCCGUGAUGCUGAGGCUGAUCAUGGCAGGUUCCAGCUGGAGCUCGAGUGCUCCAAGUUUCCUAUGCCCCACGUCAAUGGCAUGAGCCCUGAACUGUCCAUGAAUGGCCACGCAACUCCCUAUGAGAUUCACAACGCUUUCAGCAGGCCGUCCUCCAAGCAGAACACCCCUCAGUACAUGACUUCUCAUCUGGACCAAGAAAUAGUUCCAUGCACCCCAAACCACAGCAGGCAGAAGGCAGACAGGAUGGCAAGCCUGUCCUUACCUGAUUAUACCAGGUUUUCCCCUGCUAAAAUAGCACUAAGGAGACACUUGAAUCAAGACCACGCAGUCAAUGGAAAAGCAACAACAAGUGAGAUACAGAGAGCUGACCACGUCAAAGAGAACGGCCUUACAUAUCCAAGCCCCAGUAUUUCCAAUGGCAUCAAGCUGAGUCCUCAGGAAACUCGGCCCUCUUCCCCAGCGGCCUUACCGAUUGCAGGCGAGAAGGUUUUGAGAGAGAGAACCUCUGUGAGUAAUGGAGAAACUAUCACCAGCCUACCCAUCAGUAUUCCUCUCAGCACAGUGCAGCCCAAUAAGCUCCCUGUUAGCAUCCCUCUGGCCAGCGUAGUCCUGCCUAGCCGUGUUGAGAAGGUGAGAAGCACACCUAGCCCAGUUCAUCAGAGCAGAGACUCAUCGACACUUGAAAAGCAGAUUGGUGCUAGUUCUCAUAAUGGUGUAAGCAAUGCUGCUGGAAACAAGCCACUGGCUUUGGCUACCUCAGGUUUUUCUUACUCUUCUGGCUCCGUGGCAGUCAAUGGAAAUCUUACAAACAGCCCAGCCCAUCUUAACCAUAGUGUUGAUCAGGCAGCUCUGGACGACUCCGGGAGUCUGUUUAACUCAGUAGGGUCUCGGAGUUCCACUCCACAACAUCCUUUGCUAAUGAUGCAGUCGAGGAACUCUGGGCAAAGCUCCCCUGCUCACCAGCACUCAGCAAGCCCCAGGUUAAAUGGCACCUCCCAGAGCCUGGUAGGGGGCCUGCACUAUGCAGAUGCUCAGAAGAUGUUUGCCGAUGGAACAAAGGGGGAUCUUCAGUCUGAUGCAGCAUUUUCAGAUCCUGAGAACGAGGCCAAGAGAAGAAUCAUCUUUACAAUCUCUCCUAAUACAGGACAUGUAAAACAAUCCCCUUCCACCAAGCACAGCCCCCUGCCCGCGGGCGCUCGGCUGGACUGCGGCCCAGCACACGCGCAGGACGGGAAGAAGCGCGGCCGGCGGAAGAGAUCCUCCACUGGGAACCUCAGCGGGGGCUCCGGGGUCUCCCCCAAACGCAAAUCCUUGCCCGCUGUGUCUGGACUCUUUACGCAGCCGUCAGGUUCACCGCUCAAUAUCAACUCCAUGGUCAAUAACAUUAACCAGCCUUUAGAAAUAACAGCCAUUUCCUCUCCUGAAAACUCCCUGAAGAACUCUCCUGUUCCUUACCAGGACAACGACCAGCCCCCGGUACUGAAAAAGGAAAAGCCCCUCACUCAGAGCAACGGCGUUCAUUACUCCCCUCUCACGUCAGAUGACGAGCAGGGAUCUGAAGAUGAGCACAACAGCACCAGGAUCGAGAGGAAAAUUGCAACGAUAUCGCUGGAAAGCAAAUCUCCACAGAAGACUGUUGAAAAUGGUGGCGGCUUAUCUGGGAGGAAACAAGCACAACCCAACGAGAACAUGAACAGCAGUAAAUGGAAAUCUACUUUCUCACCAAUAUCUGACAUCAACCUGACCAAAACCACGGACAGUCCCUUGCAGUCUGUGUCGUCUCUGAGCCAGAAUUCGCUGUUUGCCUUCAGGCCGUCCUCCGAGGACAGCCUCGCCAUGGACGCCAAGAUGGCACACACGAGGAAAGGCAUGGCCAUGCCCUCGUCGGGGGCAGAUGGGCUCAGCCCCAGCACAAACCCCACCAACGGGUUCGCCUACAACGGUGGGCUGUCGACUGACAUUGGUUUACACAGCUUUAUCGAUGGUGCUUCUCUUCCACACAAGGCCUCGGAUGGGACGGCUGCUGCCUGCUCACUGGGUUUCCAGUCGCAGCGGAGCAAAGAUGUGGGGAUAUCAGAAACAAAUCCUUUCUUGAACAAGAGGCAGCUCGAAGGCCUCGGCGGCACCAAGGGAGAAGACCUCAGCCGAGCGGGAGUCAAAAGCAAAGACAUGAGUGAAAUGAGCAUUCGUGCGGGGGGUUCUUCAGAGAAAAACUCUUUGCAGCAUAACGGGAAGGUUGGCAAAGGAAGGGACCGAGACGUGGAGUUUAAAAACGGCCAUAACCUUUUCAUUUCUGCUGCUGUUUCGUCUGGUGGCCUUCUGAAUGGGAAAAGCCUUUCUACUGCUGUUUCUUCAGCAGGCAACCCAGCAUCGUCUGUGCAGACGCACCAUCCCUUCCUCAACACUUUGACCACUGGAUCGCAGUUCCCCCUCGGCCCUAUGGCCUUGCAAGCCAACCUCAACUCGGUGACAAACUCCUCAGUAUUGCAGUCCUUAUUUAAUUCCAUGCCAGCUGCUGCCAGUCUGGUCCACGUGUCGUCAGCUGCAACCAGACUGACUAAUUCUCACACUAUGGGGAACUUCUCUCCUGGGGUUACAGGUGGAACAGUUGGAGGUAUUUUUAACCAUGCGGUGCCUUCUGCCUCCUCUCCUCAUCAGUUUGGAGCCAGUUUCAGCAGCAGUGCUGUCUCUAGCAGCACAGUGCUAAGCUUAAACCCCCUGCAGGCUGUUGCCAGCACCUCAUCCUCAUCCUUCCCACCCCCCUCCUCUAAUUUAGUAACAUCUAGCGAGAAUAGAGCCGCUCAGCACCUCAACAGAGCGCCAGUGCAAUCUGUUUUCCAUCCACCUCCACCCCCUCCUAACGUUUCCUUGCCCCCACCUCCUCCUCUGCUUGCUUCUAACCCCGACCUCCUGCACAGCCCAUCCGUCCCACCCGGCGACGCUUUCCUGCCAUCCUCCUCCUCCGCUUCUGUCCACUCUAACACCGCUCUGUCUAUCAAGCUCGCUUCCCUGCAGCACAAAGCCUCCCGCCCCUCCUUUACCGUCCACCACCCCCCCCUGCCCCGCUCGGCGCUGGCACAGUCCGUGCCCCCGAUGGCGCAGCCCACGGCCGCCGGCGCGCCCGCCAUGUGGGUCACGCUUGGCAUGCAGCCUCCUUCCGCUUCGCACCUUUCUGGGGUUAAGCCGCGAUAAAGAGCUUGCUUAGCUAACGGUUCUUAUGUUGUAAGGUAACUAGGAUUUCUACCUCAACCCAAUGUGACCUAUGCAAGGACAACGUGGACCAACUUCACUCGGCUUCCACUGAAAGGUGCUCACUGGCCUGUGCAGGGGUUCUGCUCUUACUACUGGACAAAACACAAACCUAAAAAGACCUAAACAACAGAGAAAAUAAUAUUUACUGUGAAUCUGAGUUUAAAGGAGAAAAAAAAAAAAAAGAAAAAAGGAAGAAAAAAAAAAAAGCAAAAGAAAUACUUAAGGCUCCAGUUUGUAUUGUUGAUAGUUUAGGUAAAGUAUUUAUCUUUUUUAACGUGAAAAUAAUUUUGACUUAUUUUAUUCCACCUAGAGUCAUAAAUACAACUUGUGGGUAAAUUCUCUGAAUAACUAAGGACUGGCACACCAGCAGAGAUGUAAAGAGCCUCUUCUCGGUGCUAUUUCAUCCGUCAGAACUGUGCCUCUAGUUUGAUCCUUGGUGCUGAAUUUAGAGGGUUGACCAAUGCCAAACCCAGUUCUCAGACAGGUCUGCUUUUAUUUAUUCACCUUCCUCUGUUCAUAUCCCAAAAUCCACUUGGUUUACAGCCAUGCGUGCUGCGGCGGUCUUUCAUCUGGCGGUUUGCUCCGAGGAGAACCGAGCCACUGGGUGGGUUUUAAUUGCAUUUGGACAAAUGAGAGCUCGUGCUCCCCUCUGGAGUGGCAGCUGGAUCCCAGGGCAGCCUGGUUGAGCAGGAGGGAUCCGAGUCCUGCCCCAGCACACCGCACUGGGCCGUCCGCAGGCUGUGAGUUUCGGUAGCUGGUCUGGUCACUUUGGGAUGUCAUUGGCAUAUGAACAGGGUGCAUGAUCACUGGGAUUGGUCAGGCCCUCGAGACGACAUUGGGAAGACUGAACAUAGUGCUUCUGUACCGGUGCAGGUAGAUUUUUUUCAGCUCGUUUCUGUUCCGAGUACAAUGUAUUUUGUUGGUAGAGUUUUGAUACUUGAUUCAGAAAUGGCUUAGACGUCUACUAAGUGCA